AUGUCUAAAGAACUAUUCUCUGCGAUGAAAUCCAUGACGCUGGAAGAUGAUGAGCCGAUCACACUCCCUGAUGAGCCUCGCUUUAGAGUCUUUGAUGAGAACUCCCUUAGCCUGCUGGGGAGACUGCUGAAUCCUGACUGUCAGUCUAUGUCUCGAAUGAUAGAGGAUAUGCCAAAACACUGGAGAUUGGUUGGUAGAGUUCGUGGUAUUGCUCUCUCUAGAGAGAAGUUUCAGUUCAUCUUCAAGCGCGAGGAAGAUCUACAAACGGUCUUGAGUGAUCGACCAUGGUCUUUCAUCUUCUGGACCAUGCUCCUCGAACGAUGGACAGAAUCUCCUCCGAAUGACUUUCUCACGAAGUUUGAAGUUUGGAUACGCAUCAGGAACAUACCAUCCAAUUACUACACCAUUGAUACCAUGUUUGAGAUGGCCAAGGCUAUUGGAGAGGUCAAGGUGGUAGCUUAUGAUCCUAAGGUGUCUCAGAAGGCUGAUUUUAUCCGUGCUCAAGUGAUUUUUGACAUAUCUAAACCUGCUAGAGAAGAGAAGAUCUUUAACCUCUCAGCUGGCAAAAGUGUUGCAAUCUCUUAUGAGUAUGAAAAAAUCAGGAAAAAGUGUUUCCAUUGCUUUAGACUCACGCAUGAGAAAGUGCAAUGCCCUUGGCUGAAAAACAAGCACCAUAACCAUCGCACUCCGGUGAAGGGGUCAUCUUCUCAGACUCCACCAAUGGAUCUCACAAAAGGAAAAAGCAAAGAAGGCGAGACUUUCAUACCAAGGCUCUUGGAAGGUCCCCCAGGCUUUCCAUCUCUAUUCCCGGAGCUGUCUAAAGAGGAUCAGCAAAGUGCCAUGUUGUACAUCUCUCAUGCUGACCCUACAGAGCGCCUGGCGAGAAUUGAAAGAGUUAAACAAAGUAUUAAAGAUACUAAGGACCAAAGAGAGCAUCAACGCCCCAUCAUCACUACUGAUAUCAGCCAAGGGAAAGGGAUGGUUUUUCGCUAUACUGAGGAUGGUGAAACUCUUAAGUCUAUCUCAUCGUCGGGAGGUGAACAAGCCAGCAAGCUGGGUGCGCCUCUUAUUACUCAAGAAGCUGAGAGGGUUGAAUCUGGUGCUUCUUCUUCACAGUCUCUGUACACUGAGAGUUCUACAGGCUUUAGUAUGGGGGCAUCCAGUAAGCCUUCUUCUAACUCCGGGACCCACGGUGAAAAAAAAACAGAGGAACAGGCCCCCAGCGUGGAAGAGAAGGUUGCGUACAACUACAGUCCCGUCUAA